AACAGUUGGCUCAGUGUUUUAAGGAAAGGAAUCAUGAAAGCUGUUGCUUUGCUGUGUGCUGUUGGUGUUGUUGCAGUUGCAGGGGUUGUCCUUGGGGGUCCUGUUGCUGAGAAGGCAGAGGACAGGGUGUUUGUGUGCUACUUUGGGUCCUGGGCCAAGUACAGACCUGGACUGGGCAAGUUUGAUGUGGAGAACAUUGACCCCUAUUUGUGCACACACAUAAUUUAUGGGUUUGCUGGACUCAAGGAAAAUCAAAUUGCUGCUUUGGACCCUUACAAUGACCUGGUGGAGGAAUGGGGUCUUGGUGCAUUCAGGAGAUUUGUCAAUCUGAAGAGGUACAAUCCGAAGUUGAAGGCAUUGAUUGCCAUUGGAGGCUGGAAUGAGGGCUCACAGAAAUAUUCCACUAUGGCUAGAAGUCCACAGACCAGAGCCAUCUUUGUUGACAGUGUCCUCAAGUUCCUAGAACACCACAAGUUUGAUGGUCUAGACAUGGACUGGGAGUAUCCAGCUUUCAGAGAAGGAGCACCAGAAGACAAAGAGAACUUCAUCAGUCUGCUGGAGGAACUCAGAGCAGCUUUCCAGCCACAUAACUAUUUACUCACUGCUGCAGUGUCUGCUGGAAAAGUGACCAUUGAUGGUGCUUACAAUGUCCCCAGAGUUGCUGAGUUAUUGGACUUGAUUAACAUCAUGUCAUAUGAUUUCCAUGGGGCCUGGCACCCAUAUGUCCACCACAAUGCCCCCAUGGGCCAGCAUCCUUUGGAUUUGACUGAAGAGAUUGCUCAGGAGGAAGGCAAUGAUGUCUUCAAUGCUAAAUAUGCAAUUGAGUACUGGCUGCAACUGGGGGCACCCAAAGAGAAGCUGGUGAUGGGUAUCCCAUUGUAUGGCAGGGUCUUCACCUUGGAUAGACCUCAAGAGCAUGAGCUCUACUCUGCUGCUGGCCAGCCUGGAAUAGCAGGGCCCUUCACCAGGGAAAGGGGCUUCUUGGGAUUCAAUGAGAUUUGUGACCUUGCCAAGGCCCCAGGUUUCACCAGGCACUGGAUUGAUGAGCUCAAGGCCCCUUAUGCUGUUUUCCAGAACAACCAGUGGCUGGGAUAUGAUGACCUUGAGUCUAUUCAGAUCAAGGUGGACUACCUCAACUCUUUGGGCCUCAGGGGAGCCAUGGUUUGGAGUGUAGAGACAGAUGACUUCACAGGCAAUUGCAGACUAGGAAACUUUGCUGACCACAAGAAUCCCCUGCUGAAGACAAUAGCAGCUGGGGUAUUUGGAGGAGUGCCAACCCCUGACCCUUCUGUCACCAUUCCACCCAUUUACACUGGACGCCCAACUCCAGAGCCAGAUGAGCGCUGUGAUCACAAUGGAUGGAAUGCCCCUGCUUGUAGUGCCACUUACUACUGGUGUCAGGCCAAUGGACUCCAAUGGGAUGUCACUACCAGCACCUGCCAUGAUGGCACUGUUUUUGAUGUUACUGCUGUGACUUGCAAGCCUCCAGAGGCACUUGGAUGCAUUGGUGGAUCCACUUCUGCUCAGAGUUCCACCACCACUACCACAGGGAACCCUCAUGUGUCCACCUCACCAACUGCCAGGACUACCACCACCACUGCACAAAAGCCAGUGACUGGCAGUCCAGACAACAUUUGCUCCUACUGCCAGGAAGUGGGUGACAAUGUUCACCCUUUCUCCUGUACCAAAUUCAUCAAGUGCUGGGGCACACCAGGAGAUUGGCACUGUGAUGAGGCCUCCUGUGCCCAGGGGACAGGGUUCAAGCCAGACACCAAAGGCUGUGUCUGGCUCAGUGAACUCCCUGGAUGCAACCCAUGAUCAUGCCCUUGACAUUUAUUCUCCUUCCUGUCUCUAUUGGAAACCGGGCAAUGCAUGUUACACAUAUAAAGAUACAUUUGAAAAGCA